UUUUUCCCUCUUAUUUUUAUAUAAGACCCUUUACAUCCAUUAAAUCAGGCCCUUUUUAGCCUUUUGCUAUUCUCGAUCCUAUCCCAUAUUCAUAUUGUCCUUCUUCGCCGGACAACUGCUCAGUACUACACCUUCCUAUAACUCUCUCUCUCUCUCUCUCCCCAUGACUCCAGUCUAUCUGAACCCACCACCACCAUCUUCUUUUUCUCUUGCAGAGGAAAAAGAAGAUCAACACCUUAAGCUUUUGUUUAAUUCAGUACCAUAUCAAACUCCUUCUAAUUCUCUCUCAACCCCUACUUUCUUUAACUCCCUUCAAGAUCAUCAAGAUCAAAGUGGGACUACUGUUGAAGAAUCACAAGAACGUGAUCACAAGGCUGAUAAACCCAUAUGGAAAGAAGCAGCUGGAUCAUCAAGUUAUUAUUACAAAGUAUGUUCUUCUUCUUCUACUUCUGUGCAGCCUGUGGUGGCUAGUGAUUUUAUGAGCAAUAGACAAAGUGAGGAUCAAGAUGAGGAUGACAGUAAAAGUAAAAAUGGGUCAGUAAAAUGGAUGUCCUCAAAGAUGAGGUUGAUGCAAAAAAUGAUGAACCCACCAGAUCAUAUCCCAGCUGCCACUGUGGACAAACGAGAGAGGAACAAUAGUACUACCCAAUUCAACUUUUCUUUCAAUGCCAACAACACAGUUAGGGUUUGCUCAGAUUGUAAUACCACCACUACCCCCCUUUGGAGGAGCGGUCCUAGAGGUCCCAAGUCGCUUUGCAAUGCCUGUGGGAUUCGACAGAGGAAGGCUAGAAGGGCUAUGUCAGAAGCUGCAGCAGCCGCUAAUGGUUUCCUAAUAGCCACCGACACUUCGUCUUCGUCGAUGUCUACGAAGAAUAUAAAGGUUCACAACAAGGAAAAGAAAUCGCGUGCAGGCCAUGUUGCACAGUACAAGAACAAAUGCAAGCUCGUUGACUCUAGUGUUACUAGUACUAGUAGUACUACUACUUCUAUCUCCAGCCAAAGGAAGCUUUGCCGCUUCAAUGAUUUUGGUUUUGGUCAUGGAGUUUUCCCACAAGAUGUUGCAGAAGCCGCAAUCCUGCUUAUGGAACUUUCUUGUGGUUUUAUUCACUCUUAAGAAUUUUUUCUUCAGGAGGAUUUUUUUUUUUUUUUUUUUCCCCUAGUUGUAUGAGAGAGAUCUGUAGAACAUAUGAAUGUUGCAAACCCGUAAUGUGGUUUUUUUCAGGCAUAUCUUGAAAUAAAGAAUAAUAAUAAUAAAAAAAGAGAAUAUUUAUAUC